AUGGUCAUGCGUGACAUGGUAGCGCGAGGUCAGAUGCCUGACUCUCAUCGCUGCCUUCGGCUGGUGUCGAAGCUAGGGACGGGCCUCUCGGCCGUAACAGCCGACGGUGUAGCUGAGGCUGCCGCCCGAAUGUUUUCCGCGCUUGGGUGGAUGGAAAGUCUAUGUCUGACCUGGCCGGACAUGGAAGUCGGCCGCACCUGCAGUUCGAUGGUCUCCAUUUUCCAUCGCCGUGGCUUCACGGACCUAGCACUUCGGGCAGUCACCUGGCUGCGCCAAAGGCGCUACGAGAUACCGAUCUGCACGCUUGCCAUGGCGAUGGAUGUCUGUCUUCAAGACGAACGCCUGCCGGAGGCGAAGGAACUCUUCAAGGAGGCUCAGGUGUUGCUGACACAGAUCCUCACAGCACCAGCGGAGAUCACCUUUCGUCCGCGUGGGUACUAUGUCGAGUCGGGCCGAUGCGACGUGGCCGAAGUUGAGAGGAGGCAUGCCGAUGACGACGAGGAUGAAACCGGCAUAAGUGGCUCCAACGGUGGAGCCAACGAUUCACCAUCACUCUCCGCCAAGGAAAGCCCUGCAGAUUUUCCGACGGACAAGACCACUCUGUGCACGGACGGGCUGCCAAAUUGGCUCAGUUCUCGGGAAGGUCACCUCAUGGCACUCAUCGCGGGCCACGUCGCUGUCCUAAAUCGCCUCGCACCAGUGGAACCCAGCCACUGGCAGGACGAGGACUCGGUGAGCCAGCAGCCAUCCCGGUCCCAUGUCUCCGAGCUUGACUGGAUCAAGGAGGUCUUGGAACAUGGGUUGGAAUUACUCGAGUCGCUCUGCAGGGAGGUGCAGGAGCUGGGCGCGGCUGCAGGAAGGUCCGUCCUCGUGGGACCGUUGGAAACCUUAGGCCAGCGCUGGCGCUUGGCGCAGUUGCAUCUUCUUUUGCCGGUGGCGCGCCUCGCCCAGAAGCUGGAACCCUCCGCGGAUGCCGAGAAGCUCAGGGAGCUCGUCCACUCCCGAGGCUUCGAACCCUCGCAGCUUGCCAGGAGAGGACUCAAGGAAUGCGAUUCUGGCUCAGAGGACAGAGGUGAAAAAAGAAUCAAGAAUUUGGAGCAGCCCGGGCCACCGCCAGACGAGGAUACAGCUGAUGCCAUGCAGACACUGAUGAAUUUGACAAUCAAACUGCAUGGCCAGCGGCGGCCGUCUAGAGAAGAUGUUGAUGAAAUCUUGCGGACAAUGGGAAGGCGCAAGGGACGGCGCGCAGGUCUAGUGCAAGAGACCUUUCGUCUAGCCAACAGCCUGGCCACUCAUGGACUUGAAGUGCUUCGCGCAUCCAGCGAGGAGGAUCAGGCUUUUCUUGCUGAAGCAAGAGACACUCAACUUCAACAGGAGGUGGACACGCUUGCCUCGGCUGCCAACAAACUGUUCUUCCGCCACUUGACUCCCGAUACGGAGUCGUGUGCGGCAGUCAUCGAAGCUCUGUUUGCUUGCGGCGCCGCGCCUGCUGCAGAAAGCGUGCUGCUUAGGUGCCAGUCGGCAUUUCCGCCCAACCCUGCUCUAUACAGUGCUGUCAUAUUCGGUCGAUUGUAUUCUGGAGAUGGACAGGGGGCUGUCAACGCGAUUCUGGAGAUGGACAGGGCAGGCUUCGCGCCGCAUCAGCGCUUCAUUCUACGGUGCCUGCGUUACAUGGGCCCCUUCCACAGAGAAGGCUUGUUGCUGAUAGACCGUCUUGGAUUCCCUAUGAUGCAGCAAAAGAUGCUGCACAUCCUGAUGGAAACUUGCAUAUCUUCGCCGCAGCCCAGCGCCUGCGUGUUGGACGUAUACCACAGCUUGCUUGAGAAGGGCUACCGUCCAACUCCCGACACACACUUCGCUUUGCUGAAAGCCCUCUGCGGCAUCAGUGAUGCCGCGUGUGCCAUCGAUGAACUCCAUAAAAUGCAGACGAAGUGCAUUUUGCCUGAGUUCAUUGGUUUCGAUCUUCUUCUUCUGGACUGCUUUGGGUUGGCGGCAAGUGCUCGACGUGCAAGUCAGGUUAUCGAAGCUAGGCGCCAGUGGGUGCUGGAAGUGUCAGGUGCGCUCCUGUCGGAGCCAACCGACCAUGUGCAUCUGAUAUGCCAAGAGCUGCAAAGAAGACAUGCAGACUCCGACGGCUCGUUGGAAGCGAAGUUCAGGGCGACUAGAGAGGAGCAGGAAGCAGCUAUUGAUGCAUUGCCGCUGCCUGAUCCUGAUGAGGACGAAGAGGUAGAUGCGACAGAAAGCAUGCCAAGAAAGGCUUCGGAUGAAGUUGCAGAUCAAGACCCCGAAGCUGAGUGCUGGUUUGGCCCACGCCACAAAUAUACCUGGGUGUUGGAUGCCUACUGCGCGGCUUUGCCCUUGCGACUGGCAGCGCUCAAAGCUUCUCAUUACCUGGUCUUUCGCUACAGCCUGGUGCGAUCUGGUGCACAAAAGGCGGCAUUGCAAGAAGAGAUAGACAGAGGCAUGUCGCGGGACUACGCUGAGUUGGCACUGGAGUUACACCAGAAGCUCGAGCUGGAUGCCUGGAACUUCGAGGAGCAUCUUCGACUAGGUCAUGCAGGCACAGGUGUGCUGGAAGAGGGCUGCUGGCAGCCUAUGUCUUUCAUCCUGCUCAUCCUGAUGCACUUGGACCAGCUGGAGGUCGUCGAGGGCACACAAACUCGCCUUCUUCGCAUGCUUUUCCGCUCCCUUCCAGUGGGGGCACGCCGCCUGUCGGAGGUGCAUGCAGAUUUCCUUCAGAGGAGAGCUGGCCAGCUCUCUCCGGCAGUCUUGACAGAGCUCAUCCGCGCUUGUAGCGUUUGUGACGGGGGCCACAGCCCCUUUGGCAGCGAUCAGGGCCGCCGAAUGCUUGCAGACACCGUGAGGGAUCAUUACCUGAAGCGGGCCCCGGGCGGGGAGCCCAUCAAGCUGAGCACUUCACUACGCUUCGUGCGAACGCAUGAACUCGCAGAUCUCAUCGCAGAUGAUGUGCUGUUCAUUCCGGUUCUGUGUUCGUUACAGGACGGCCAACCUCAGUAUGCUUACAAUUUGUGUGAGGGUGACCAACAGCUGCAGCUCCGUCUUGUGUCUUAUGCUAUCUGCAAGGGAAAGCGAUUGGCAGCCGGCCGCUUAACGGAGCGAUUCGGCUUGCUAGACCACAUGGAUGGCAUCACAGAGAUACCGGGCUGGUCGGAUGCACAGGGCCCCUUCAAAGAAGUCUGCACUGCUUGUGUGCGGGAGGCGGAAGAGGCGGAGGAGAAAGAACUCAGAGCUGCCAGUGACCGGAAGAUGGCCGCUGCGGCUGAAGAAGAUGCAAUCUGCCUGCAGCUGCCAGAAGCGGUGGCCGCGAAUGUUGUCCUUGUGUCCACAGAGGCAGACCUGCUGCACAUCCGUGCUCGCUUGAUGGCUUUGGCUGAUGUAUCGCAGCCGGGCGAGCCUAGCGUGGAUGAUCUGAUCCAUCGUUCUGGCAGUUGUAUCGGCCUGGACACAGAGUGGAAGCCAUUUCUAGAGAAGCGUGGAGGAAUGCAGAAGCAUCGGAGGAGCAAUCAGUCUGUAGCAUCUAUGGAACCGUGCUCGACUCUCCAACUAGCUGCCGAGGAUUUCAUCGUGAUUUUCGACCUUUUGGCUUUAGCACCAGCAGAGAAGUCCACAGCACAGAUGCUAUCUUCUGUCUUGGCUUCUUUGUUUUGCCAUCGUGGGAUCGUGAAAUUGGGCUUCGGGCUGCAAAACGAUUUGCAGCGCCUGGCGGCAUCCUAUCCUCACUUGGAGUGUUUCAGGCGGAUACUUGGCACCCUUGAUCUGCAAGAAGUAUUGAUGGAGGCUCGGCGCAACAAAGGCCAAACGACAGGUUUGUCGGCUCUGUGCCUGGAGUUCUUAGGAUCCCCGCUCAGCAAGCGCUUGCAAACAAGCGACUGGGGGGCCAGGCCGUUAAGUCGUGAGCAGCUGUCCUAUGCGGCUCUUGACGCACACUGCCUCCUCCAUUUGGCACGGAGACUGCACGCCUCCCCAGAAUCUAUAAGGACGUGCAUGCAGCUUCAGGACCUCAAGGUGCAGCUCUUGGCGGGGAAGAUGGUUGUCGGUGUGGGCAGCGAUGCAGAAGAAUCUUCGUCUCUGGCCGUCGAAGUGGAAGCCAUCGCGAAGAUCAGCCAGGACAUCACCUUUAAAGGGGCAGAGAUUCGUGCCAUGAAGGCGGCUGGCAAGGCCAAGUCGGCCUGGCAGGCAGAGGUCGCGGUCUUGCUGCAGCUCAAGGCUCGAUUCCGCCAGCUGGCUGGGGUCGAUUGGGUCCCGCCUGUUUCGGCAGGCUAG